GCCGCACAGAUUUCACAGCGUUUGGGCGUGUUUUUUCCGUAUCUGCCUUAGAAAAUCCACAUAUGCGGGUCCAAUUAGUUCAUAAAUAGCAUAUACCGACAAACAGGAAGAACGCCGUCACAGUUCUGCAUUCAAUUAAGAAAAUUGAUUGAAAAACUCUCGUAAUAAAUCAAACUCCACUUCAAAUUCGCAUCUCUCUCUUUGUACGCGUGUGUGUGUGUAUGGACAGCAUUUGUAUUAGUGCGUGAGCAAAUUAUUGUAUAAUCGCCAAAAAAAAUAAAAAUAAUAAAAGCAAGAACGCCAACGCGAGAACCAAAAGCUAUACAAUCAAAAAAAAACUAGCUAAGCUACAAAAUUUAGUAAAGAAAACAAAAAUUAAUGACUCAAAUUUGUGUUGAACUCAGCAAUUACGCCCAAACAACUACAACUACAAACAAAAUAGUCAUUUUGGUGGAACACAAAUUAUUCUUCAUUGGAAGCAGCUAAAUUAUCUUGAUAACAAACAAAGAAAUCUACCAAAAACCACUAAAUAUAUCAAUAUAAAACAUUAAAAACUGGCUGACCUACUGAAUUUUAUAAUUACCACAAAGUCAUUACAAUUAACUACCUACAUAUAAACCAUAAAAAACCUGUUCAGCUUCUGGAAAUCGUGAAGAAAACCAGCUGAUCUACUGGAAAAACAUCUGCAGAGAUAAAUACAAAAAAGUCCGUAGAUGAGCUACUGAAUUCAUCGAUUACCUUAUCCAUAACUCUUGAGCUGAGCUGCUGAAUUCAUCGAUUACCUUAUCCAGAACUCUUAAGCUGAGCUGCUGAAUUCAACGAUUACCCUAUCCAGCAUUCUUGAGUUGAGCUGCUGAAUUCAUCGAUUACCUUAUCCAGCACUCCUUGAGCUGAGCUGCUGAAUUCAUCGAUUACCUUAUCCAGAACUCUUGAGCUGAGCUGCUGAAUUCAUAGAUUACCUUAUCCAGCACUCUUGAGCUGAGCUACUGAACUCAUCGAUUACCCUAUCCAAAACUCAUCAUGCAGGCCAUCAAGUGUGUGGUUGUGGGCGACGGAGCGGUGGGUAAGACCUGCCUGCUGAUCAGCUAUACGACCAACGCCUUCCCCGGCGAGUAUAUACCCACCGUUUUCGACAACUAUUCGGCCAAUGUGAUGGUGGAUGCCAAGCCCAUUAACCUGGGUCUCUGGGAUACGGCGGGUCAGGAGGACUACGAUCGCUUGCGACCUCUGUCCUAUCCCCAGACGGAUGUCUUUCUCAUCUGUUUCUCCCUGGUCAAUCCGGCCUCCUUUGAGAACGUGCGGGCCAAGUGGUUCCCCGAGGUACGUCAUCACUGCCCAAGUGUUCCAAUAAUCCUGGUUGGAACCAAGCUGGAUCUUCGCGAUGACAAGCAGACUAUCGAGAAACUGAAGGACAAGAAACUGACACCCAUCACCUAUCCACAGGGAUUGGCGAUGGCCAAGGAAAUAGCUGCCGUCAAGUAUCUGGAGUGUUCUGCCCUGACCCAAAAGGGUCUGAAGACGGUCUUCGAUGAGGCUAUACGAUCAGUUCUAUGCCCCGUGGUUCGGGGUCCCAAGCGACACAAGUGCGAACUACUGUAAACUUUGAACCCACCAAAAAACAAAAAAAAAAAACCCAGAAGAACAUCAAAAACUGACGGAGAACAAAGCACAAAAUUCUGUGCGAAAUUUUCAUAUUCAUUCGCUUUGUUGGGUCUACAGUUACAGAUAGUGUGCGUGUGUGUGUGUCUUUAGGGUGUGAGUGCGACGGCAUGAGUGUGUGAAUGAGUGAGCGUAUUUUUGUUUUUAUUGUCAGCUUUAUGUGGGGGAGCAGCAGCCACAAAACAACAACAGCAACAGCUAUUUGAAAGGGGGUCAGGGGUUAGUGGGGGUCUCCGGGGGGCAGAUCACGGAUAGAAAGAUAUACAUACACAUAAGCAUAUAAGUAUGAUACUGUGCGUACACUGGAAAAAUCUAUAUUGUGAAUAACUUCUCUUGAAAUGUAAAAAAUAAUGAUUAAUUGGAUGUUUUCUUAUUUCAAUACUGCCACAAGGAAUUGUUUUAAUCUUCUUACAUUUUAAAAUGCAUUGGCUUAAAUUAUAUUAUUAAAAACAAAAGUAAUCAAUUACAUUAACCAUAAAUAAUAAUAUAAAAUAUUUGUUAUGAUAAAAUACCUAAAGAAAAUUCAAUUUUCUAGUGUUGAAGCUUGAGCAGAUUAACUAUAUUACUAAUGAACAAUUUCUUGUUCUUUAUUAUGGCAAAUGUUAUAUGUAACCGCAAAAUGCGUUUUAGAUGAGGAAAAAACCUCUACUAAUUUAGGAUCAUAAAAUAUUAGAAAACUAGGGCUUUAAUAUUGUUUUUCUCGCAUAAAUUGGGUCUCAUGCAAAAGGAACUUGGGCCGGAGAAAUGUAUGACAAAUCAAAUAAAAUUAAUUGUAAAUAAAUCUAGACGAUUUAAAGCCUUCAGCACCCCAAACACAGUCACUAUAACAAAAAACCAGAUAGCUCUUAUCUGCGCGCGGGAGUAAAACCUAGGAAAGGCCCCGCCUAUGGCCAAUAUCUGAACAAUCGAACGGGGAAUCGGGGAGUAUGGCAAACCGACAAAAAAAAUUUCACUUAUAUAUAGUAGUUAGUGUUACGUGUGACUUUGAAUGUGCGUCUGAUCAAUGGUCUUCCCACUCAAUGCAUUUGCCUGGAAUUGAUUUAAUGUAUACUAAAUGCACAAUUAGCCCUACUUUGAUGUUAAAUUAUAUACUGAUAUUUAUAGUUAAUAGAUGCAUACACUUUGCCAAGUUGUUUUUUUAACGAAGAGCGAAAAAUAUAAAAAAACACUAUUUAUAUUAACACAUAAUUUAUCAAUAAAGAGUGUAAUAUUAAUCAAC